GUGUGUUGUCACUGCGUCAAGCUUUGCAGUUAUUAUUUCAUACUAGUUAGUUCUGUGUCAUGACUUUAGCUCCAAGUUGCGUUUUAAAACUCCAAAAUGCGGCGCUACAUUCGUGCACUAAUGCUGUGCACAGUGUUUGCCGUGUUUUCGGGUGUGUAUGUUUACAGUAAACUGUUUUACUCGGACUUGUCGCUCGGUGGAAACGGUCCGAGAGGUUUCAUCCCACCGAGAGUCCCCGGAAUCAGGCGAGGAGCCGUGGACAAAACCGGGCCCCAAAGCCCACACUGGUACAAUAGGUACAUCAUGCGUCAGCGGGGUCAGGUGGAGGCAGGGGGGGGCAGCGUCCAGUCUGAAGCCCCCAUGCACCUGGCUGUGGUGGCCUGUGGGGAGAGGCUGGAGGAGACCCUCACCAUGAUCAAGUCCGCUGUGCUCUUCAGCAUCAAACACCUCCAGCUGCACAUCUUCGCUGAGGAUCAGCUGCACACCAGUUUCAUGGAAGCUGUGAGUUCAAACCUGCAGUCGUGGCCAGGUUUCAUUCGCUCCAGGUUCAACUACACAGUGUACUCCAUCAGCUUCCCCAGUGAGAACGCAGCCGAGUGGAAGAAGCUCUUCAAACCCUGCGCUUCCCAGAGGCUCUUCUUACCUCUGAUCCUAAAGGACAUAGACUCCGUGGUGUACGUGGACUCGGACAUCCUCUUCCUGCAGCCCGUGGACCGCCUUUGGGCCUUCCUGACCCGCUUUAACUCCUCCCAGCUGGCUGCCAUGGCCCCUGAGCACGAGGAGCCCCGCAUCGCCUGGUACAACCGCUUCGCCCGCCACCCCUACUACGGCAAGACGGGCAUCAACUCAGGGGUCAUGCUCAUGAACAUGACCAGGAUGAGGAGCAUGUUCUUCAAGAAUGACAUGACGUCUGUGGGGCUGCGCUGGGAGGAGCUGCUGAUGCCUCUACUUCAGAAAUACAAACUCAACAUUACCUGGGGGGACCAGGACCUUCUCAAUAUCAUUUUCCACCACAACCCUGAGUGUUUGCUGGAGUUUCCCUGCAUGUGGAAUUACCGCCCAGAUCACUGCAUCUAUGGCAGUAACUGUGCGUCAGCUGAGGAGGAUGGUAUCAACAUACUGCACGGAAACAGAGGGGUGUACCACGACCACAAGCAACCUGCCUUCAGGGCCGUUUACGAAGCCAUACGAAAGUACCCUUUCGGCGCCGACCCAGUGACUUCUUUGUUGGAUCCGUUGGAAGAGCAGCUGUUGACGACGACACACACUUACUGCGGUAAAUCCCACCCGCUCCUCACCAAGAGACUGGCACACAGCCUGGCCAACAUCAACAGGAAGUCCUCCGCUGGACGGUGACAGCUCAAUCACAAGGGUGGGAUAAAAGAAGAAACGUAGCCUAUGGACGUACAAACUUGUCCUUGAGCAAGAAACCGGACGCUCAACCCUGCUUUGUAUCGUUUUUGGACUGAUGUGCGAACAAUGCAACAACCACUACAGCUCUGUACCUGGCUAAAUGUUCAAUAAGGGCCCGUGUCCACACCUUUUUCUGAGCACUCCCAACUUUUUAGUAUUUCUUAUGGCAAAGAUCUCUCCACAAGUAUCUUCGCUGUUAUAAGACGGACAAUAACUGCUACUAUCUAUUUGAGCACCAACCAGUAGAUUCCUGCUCUCACACUUUGUCUGAAUGAGCUUCACCGCUCAGUCUGAUGGACAUUUAAAGAGGGAAGAGGACAAUAAAAGUCUCAUCGACAGCAACAUGCAGGGUCCACCUGGCCGAUCUGCUCCAGCAACUGGCAUUUUGCUACUUGUUGUGAUAGUUUCCAUCCGACAGAGACAUCCGACAUCAAGCUUUUCCUCCAAAUUCUACGGUGACGUUCCGGCAUAGUGUGAAAAGUUGAAAACCAUAACAAUGAACCUGAGUUGUUCAAAGAUACAUGGACUUCAUCGUGGACACCUAAUGAGUGGAGCUUAUUUUGUGAUCAGCUGCUCCAUGUUGGGAUUGUCUCAAAGUGAGACUUAUACUACUCGCCUCGUUGUAAAUUGCUCUGGAUUAGAGCGUGAUGUAAAGUCUACUUUAAUAUUGCAAAGUCCACAUAUUUACUACUGAUAGACACGUGGAUUUUUUUCCUCCAGGUGUUUUUAUUGCAUUUCUUUGGACUUUUUUUAAAAACCAGUAAGCAUGUAGUCUCUUCUCUGUAACUCUUCUCAGUGCCUUUAGUAUAAUCUUGUAAAAAGAUCUGAAGAGAAGCUCUUGACUUUCCAUAUUGGAGAAUUUAUUGAACCCUGUAAAAUACUCUUAAUAAAAAAGAGACAAACGAAUAAUGUCAGAACUGGAAAAGGCUUUCAGCGUUUUAAAAGCUGUAUGCACUGGAACACUUUUUCAACCUUCACAAACCACUCCAGUGUCAACAAGGUGGAAGAGAAGUCGUUCCAGAGGACAUGCAUGGAUUAAUAAUAAGAACUAUUUCUGAGUUUGUAAUGGGAUUUAUAGAAAUGGAAUAGGUCAGUAUAUACUACAGAAUAUGGAUCCUCUAUCAGAGUAAAUGUACAAUCUGUUACUCAGGUUAUUUUGACCUGAUAAGUUAAAUGUGGUGAUUUAACAGUCAAAGGUCAUCAGUAUCCACUUUAGGGAUGUGAGGUCAUGUGACUACACAUUUUAUAUUGUCAUUUGUGUUACUUCGAACACCCAUGUUUCUUUCUUUUAUUUAACAAAAGGAUAUGUUACAGUAUGUCAAUUAAGACACGAUUAAAUGCUAAUCUCAUACUAGUUAGUUUAUGAUAUACCGUACAGCCAGCAGACAGAAAAUGCAUACAAAGUGAAAUAAGCUACACGUUCCUCUCCUCAUGCCAAAGCAUUUAUUUUAUUACUAGAAUUAUGGGUUUUGCACUGUUGAAUGUAUUAAGAACACAAAGGGUUGAAAUCAAAUGUUAUUAUCAGUGAUUAUGGUUGUAAUGUGAACAUAUUAUUUGUUAUAUAUGUGUUUUGUUUAUGUUUUUUACAUUAAAGACUAUUUUAAUUUGA